UUAAAAAUGGAGUCAUUAAGCUUCUUGCUCUCUUUCUCAUUCUUUCUUCUGAGUCUUUCUCCUCUUGUUUCAUCUCAUGUCACUAACCACGACGACUUUCUUAAUUGUCUUUCUCGCCGGAUAAACGACAAUACCACCCCAUCCAAAGUCAUACACACCUCCAAGGACUCUUCUUUUUUCUCCAUCUUAGAUUCUUCCACACAAAAUCAAAGAUUCUCCGUUCCCACAACACCUAAACCGGUCUCAAUCAUCACUCCGGUUCAGGCCACUGACGUUCAAACCGUGAUUAGAUGCGCGCGGGUGCAUGGAAUCCAUGUAAGGACUCGGAGCAAUGGUCACGGCUACGAAGGUCAAUCUUAUGUCGCGUACAACAAACCCUUUGUUGUCAUUGAUUUAAGGUAUCUUCGGUCUAUAACAUUAGACGUUGAUAACCGGACUGGUUGGGUCCAAACCGGAGCAACUGCUGGAGAGUUGUACUAUGAGAUUGGGAAAACCACCAAAACUCUUGCUUUCCCGGCUGGUACUCACCCAACCGUCGGCGUGGGAGGACAGUUCAGCGGCGGAGGUUACGGGACAUUGCUUAGAAAAUACGGUUUAGCUGCGGAUAACGUGAUCGACGCACUUGUGGUCGAUGCACGUGGAAGGAUUCUUGACCGGCAAGCAAUGGGCGAGGACUACUUCUGGGCGAUUCGUGGAGGUGGAGGAUCGAGCUUUGGCGUUGUACUGUCCUGGAAGAUUAGAUUGGUAGAUGUUCCGUUGACGGUAACGGUCUUUAAAGUCAGUAAAACAUCGGAGAAUCAGGCCGUUCAGAUCAUCAACAAGUGGCAGUAUGUUGCCGAUAAGGUUACUGAUGAUCUUUUCAUCAGAGCAACUUUGGAGAGAUCAAACGAUAACAUGGUUCAGGCUUCAUUCAGCGGACUUUAUCUUGGUCCGGUAAACGAUCUGUUGACGUUGAUGGAAGUGAAGUUUCCAAUAUUAGGUCUUGAGGCUGAAGACUGUACGGAAAUGAGUUGGAUUGAGUCUGUAUUAUGGUUUGCUGAUUACCCUAAAGGAGAAUCUCUUGGUGUUCUUGCAAACCGGGAGCGCUCGUCUCUAUCUUUCAAAGGUAAAGAUGAUUUUGUCCAAGAACCGAUACCUGAAUCUGCCGUUCGUGGGCUAUGGAGGCGACUAGAAGCGCCUGAGGCCAGUCUUGCAAAGAUCAUCUUAACUCCACUUGGUGGGAAAAUGAGCGAAAUCGCAGAGCACGAAACACCAUUCCCACAUCGAGAAGGGAAUCUUUAUGAGAUUCAGUAUUUGGAUCACUGGAAAGGUGAAGAAGACAAGAACAAGAGGGAGACACAGAAGUAUCUAAAUUGGGUCGACAGCGUUUACGGUUUUAUGACUCCCUACGUCUCGAAAUCUCCAAGAGGGGCUUAUGUUAAUUUCAUGGAUAUUGAUUUGGGAAUGUAUCUUGGUAAGGAAAAGUCAAAGUACGAGGAAGGAAAGAGUUGGGGAGUGAAGUAUUUUAAGAACAACUUCGAAAGAUUGGUGAGAGUUAAAACAAGUGUUGAUCCAACGGACUUCUUCUGCGAUGAACAGAGCAUUCCAGCACUGCUGGAAUCCCUCAACGAUAUGUAAGAGAUAUAUUUGCAACAUCUAAGAAAUCCUAA